AUGCAGAAACUGGAUCUCAGGAUCUCAGCAGGCCCCAGACAUCUUCUGCAUCACUUCCCCUCUCAAGUGGACACAUCCAGCAAUGUUGCUGUCAGGAGCUGCAGCCCAAAGUGGACAGAAGAAGAUCACACAGUUUCUUGCAGCCCCAGCAAAUCCUCUUCAAACAGGAGCGAACACUCACAACUCCUCACCAAGUCCACAGUUGAUUCUGGAUCCAGAGAUGGCUUCAUUUCUGAUGACAGCAAAGAACAGGAGAGAAACUACUCUACAUCAUUUGAAGAAUUUAACGAACACUCAGGAGAUCACUCAGAUGAACUCUCUCAUGUCCCAGAAAAAUCAUUUGACACGAGGACUUCAAGUUCUCAGAGACCUCCAAGUGUGUGUUCUAAGAAAGUGGAAUCGAGGUAUUUGGGGAGUCUCAAAGUUCUGGACUGUAAAAUCUCACCACAGGAGUCUCAGCCGCAAGCAGCAGAUUCACUCAGAGCUGCCGUUUACCAGGAAUGGCUUAAAAAGAAAAAGGAAAAGUCAAAAGAGAACAUGCAAAUAAAGAAGAAGGAGGAAAUUCUGAAGGAGAAAAAGAAAAAGGAGCAAGAGGCGAAAAAGGAAGAUGCUGUGGCAUCCUAUGAAGCCUGGAAAGAAAAGAAAGCAGAGAGUCUCAAAGCAAAAGCUAAAGAACGGCAAGAUAAGAUCAGAAAAGAACAAAGAGCGACUGAAGAGAAAAAUGAAAAAAUACAGUCGGCUCAGCAGGUGUUUGAGAAAUGGAAACGUCAGCGCGAUCGUCUACUCAGAGAGAAGCACAGAAAGCAGAAAGAAGCUGAAAAUAAACUGAGGCUGAAAAAACAGGAAACAGAGGAAGAAAGAAAGAAAGACAGCAACUCUGCUUUUUCUGACUGGUGUGAAAAGAAGAAAGACGUCCUCCACGAAAAACUCACAACAAAAUCCAAAGAAAUCCAAAAUAAAGCAGAGGAGGAACGAUACAUGAAAGAAGAAAGAGAUAAGAUGGCUUUAGAGAUGUAUGAAAACUGGCUGGUAAGAAAAGAUCUGGAGCAGAAGAGACAGAGAGAAGAAAGACGAAUACAAGCAAUACUCAGAGACAGUCCACCUCCACCGUGGAGUCCUCCAAAUCACACCAUACCUUUUAGAAAAUAACAUUCAAAAUGUCACAUAACACCGCUAGAACAUCUGUUGGUGCUUAUGAUUUAAAAUUUUGUACUGUUGAAUUUUAUAUUUCGUAGGAUUUUUUUUAAAAUUUUGUUUUGUGUUUUUGGUCCUUUGGUUAAACCUCACAAUCUUACAAACUGAAAUAGAAAUAGUGGAGUAUUACUGAAUAUGAUUUAAAAAUACAGGUCAUUUUUCACCUGUGUGUUUUCAUGGCUUUUUUAAUUUGUCCUCCAUAACAUUUACUCAGGAUAAAACAAGUUAGGCAGUACCACAAUAAACCAUUUAUAUCUCCCUCUCACUUUGGGAAUGACAAGGACACUUUAAACAAGUUUGUACAGAGAAAAGCAUUUGGGAUUUACAACUUAAACACAGUUGUGCCCCAUUGUCCUCAUGAAUGAGUGCUGUGAAGGCAUUUUUCUGCUGUUCCUAAAUUAAUGGUUAACAGAAUCAUAGUGGUUCAUGUCCCACAAACCCGUUAAAAUCUUACGAUGUGAACUAGAAAUGCACCAUUUCCACUGAUCACUUUAAACUCAGUUAUUUUAUGUUGUUGUUAUGUUAUGUCAUGAUAUGUCAUGUUAUGUCACAUUAUGUUAUGUUAUGUUAUGUUAAUUUUUCUUAUUACGUAAUGUUAAAGUUAUGUUAGUAUGUUUUAUAUUUUUUUGUUACAUAACUUAUGUUUAUUACUUAAUUUUCUAUUUGUUUAGUACAAGAGGGUACUGUAAAAUACCGGAGUCAAAUUCCUUGUAUGUGCUCACAUACUUGGCAAAUAAAAGUGAUUCUGAUUCUGA